AUGUGGCCCAAUCCGAAGAUAACUUACCUCAUUCUCGCUGCAUAUGGCCUCCUAACCAGUGCCUCACCUAUCGAGGGGGAGAAAAAGCUGGAAGAGCGCCAGUCCUGUCCAAGCAUCCACAUCUUUGGGGCACGAGAAACCACGGCGAGUCCCGGCUAUGGCAGCUCGGCAUCAGUCGUAAACUCGAUCCUCUCAGCAUACCCGGGCUCAACGGCCGAAGCUAUCAACUACCCUGCCUGUGGUGGCCAGGCCUCGUGCGGGGGCGCCAGCUACUCCAGCUCUGUCCAGCAGGGCAUAGCGGCGGCGGCGAGUGCCGUCAACAGUUUCUACACGCGGUGCCCAAACACUCAGAUUGUCUUGGCUGGAUACUCUCAGGGUGCUGAAAUCUUUGAUGUUGCCUUCUGCGGAGGCGGUGACCCGAAUCAAGGGUAUACGAAUACCGCAGUCCAGUUCUCUGCUGGCGCAGUCGGACAAGUCAAGGCAGCAAUCUUGAUGGGAGCUCCAACGUAUCAGUACGGACUGUCCUAUGGAGUAGGAACUUGUAGAGCUGGAGGGUUUGAUGCACGCCCCGCAAGCUUUCAAUGCCCGUCCGCUGCAAAAGUUCAGAGCUACUGCGAUGGCCCAGACCCUUAUUGCUGCAACGGUAACAACGCAGCCACGCACAAUGGCUAUGGCUCAGUAUACGGGUCACAGGCCCUUGCUUUUGUCAAGGGCAAGCUCAGCAGCAGUGGCGGUGGUAGCGGAGGCGGUUCUCCUAGCACGACGGCCCCGGGGACGACACCAACGGCCCCGGGUGGUGGGACCAACUGUGCCUCUCUGUACGGCCAGUGCGGGGGCCAAGGCUGGACCGGCUCGACAUGCUGCUCCUCUGGAAGUUGCAAGGCUGCUAACAAUUACUACUCCCAGUGCUUGUAG